AAAAGAUCAACCAGAGCAGCUAUGGUUAUGAAAUACCAUGCUCGCUCUAUCAGUUUGCCCUCUAGAUCUCACCCCACCACCAUUAAAGUUGACGAAGAGCUCAACAAGCUCAAGACUUGGGAAGUAACAUCCACACCCACAUCAGACUCUGUUCGUACAGGCCUGUCCUUGCUUGAACACGUCUACAUAAGCCUGGACGAGCUUCUUCACAUGUCUUCAAUUCAACUGGCGAUUUCUCAGCAUCAGGCUGAUCACUGCGUUGAGGAGCUUUUAGAUGGAUCAGUUAGGGUUUUGGACAUAUGUGGCAUCACGAGGGAUAUAUUGUUGCAGAUCAAGGAAAACGUUGAAGCCCUUCAUUCUGCAGUCAGAAGAAGAAAAGGAGAUUCGUCUGUUGAAAAAAGUGUAGCAGAAUACAAGUUCUUCACCAAGAAGAUGAGGAAGAACGUGAGGACACUUAUCACAGACUUAAAGCAGAUGGAAGGCAGGUUUGGUGCAACCCCGCUCCUGAAUCUUGAUGAUCAGAUGGCUUCUGUGAUAAGAGUAAUUAGGGAAGCCAUUUUGAUGACCGCUUCAAUCUUCCAAUCGCUUUUGGCCUUCUUGGUGAUGCCAAAAGAGGCCAAAUGGUUUGUGGUUGCUAGAUGGAUGCCCAAAGGCACUGUGGAAGCAUGUGAAGAUAACUCAGAAAUAGCCAAUGAGUUGAAGAGCGUAGAUUCAGUGUUGAACAGUUUUGCAAGUGAAGGAGGUCGUUUUGAGAAGAUGAAGAUUGUUCAUACAAGAUUGGAGGCUCUGGAGAUGGCCAUUGAAGGCCUUGAGAAUGAUUUGCAGAUUGUGUUUAGGCGGUUGAUCAAAACUAGAGCCUCCCUUUUGAACAUAAUCUCUCAAUAGAGGGUUCAUGUCUGGCAAAUUAUGUUUAAAAUCCUGCAAGCCAUCCAUAUUUUAGGGAUGAGGAUUCAAUUUUAAACACGUAUAUAUAUGUAUUUGGAUGUUUAUACU